UUCGCCAGUUCGGUUCGCUUCCCAAUUCACACCUCACUGCCUCCCUCCCUCCGUCUUCCGCUCGUCGCCGCCUCCGCCAAUCCUCCGCCUCUACCUUUUUUCUCGUCCUCAUUCUGGCGGAGCCAUGCCGGACGAUCUCGUGGACGACCUCCAGAGCAUGAGCUUCGGUUCUUCCGACCGCUCCGGCAUCUCCAGUUCCCUUUCUUCCUCCUCAUCCUCCUUCUCCGCCUCCCUCCACAAGCCUCGCCUCGCCAGAGACCCCAUCACCGACGCGAUCCGCCGGCUUGGCUCUUCGGCCGGAGGCGGGCCAGGCGGGAACCCCCUCGCCAUGUCGGAUCUGAGGUUCGUGCGGCGCCUUGGAAGCGGGGACAUCGGCAACGUGUACCUAGCGGAAAUCAAGUGCGACGGGACUGAGGAGCUUCUGCUGGCGGCCAAGGUGAUGGACAAGAAGGAGCUCGAGGGGCGGAGCAAGGAGGGGCGUGCUCGGACGGAGCGCGAGAUCCUGGAGGCACUCGACCACCCCUUCCUCCCUCGCCUCUACGCCUGCGCCGAGAACGACCGCUAUUUCUGCCUCCUCACCGAGUUCUGCCCCGGAGGCGAUCUCCACGUUCUUCGCCAGCGCCAGCCGGGCAAGCGCUUCGACGAGGCCGCCGUCAGGUUCUACGCGUCGGAGGUGGUGGUGGCCAUGGAGUACGUCCACAUGAUGGGCAUUGUCUACCGAGACCUGAAACCCGAGAACAUUCUCGUGCGCAGCGACGGCCACAUCAUGCUAACCGACUUUGACCUUUCCUUCAAGUGCGACUCUGCCGCCGCCCCCGCCGCGCAGAUCGUUACCGACCAGAUGCCGGUCCUGCCGACGUCUCACACCGGCAUCGGCGGAAGAGGAAUAACCGAGUUCUCUGCGGCCUCCUGCAUCAUCCCCAGCUGCAUCGUGCCCGCCGUCUCCUGCUUCCACCCGGCCAGGCGCAAGCGCAGGAAGCAGCAGCCUGGGCGCCGCGGCCCGUGCCUGGAGUUCGUGGCCGAGCCGGUGGACCUCCGCUCCAUGUCCUUCGUGGGGACGCACGAGUACCUCGCGCCAGAGAUCGUCUCAGGGGAAGGCCAUGGCAGCGCCGUCGACUGGUGGACGCUCGGCGUCUUCGUGUUCGAGAUGCUUUACGGCGUGACGCCGUUUAAGGGCCCUGACCACGAGCUGACGCUGGCGAACAUCGUCGCGCGGGCGCUGGAAUUCCCCAAGGAGCCGACCGUGUCAGCAGCCGCCAGGGACUUCAUCACCGGCCUGCUGGUGAAGGACCCCGAGCGGCGGCUGGGCUCCACCAUGGGCGCCGCAGCCAUCAAGCGUCACCCGUUCUUCAACGGAGUCAAAUGGGCCCUACUUCGGUGCGCCGUGCCGCCCUACGUGCCGCCUUCGUUCACCCUCAGUACCCAUAGCGGCGAUGGGUCGGACGACAGCUGUCCCGGCACGCCGGUGGACUACUACUAAUACUUAAGAACCCAAUUGGACAAUACGUCUGGUGAACGCAAGGAGACGGCGGUGAUGGGAUCGCCGGAAAGGCUCGACGGCCCGUGCCGCUGCAUAGACGAGGAAUUUUGACAGUAUGAUGAUUAAAAAAAUAUAUAAUCAAGAAUUUCAAGUAAUAUUAAAAAUUAUAUGUAAUUCGUAAGGAUUAGUGCAUGUACAUUUGCUACUCA